CUAGCCCUUUAAAUGUACGUGCUUGGCUGCGCAGGUCGACUUGGUCCGUAUUAAAGUAGAAAAUAAGGUAAGGGACGGUCUUGAGAAAUUUGCCAAAGAAAAGAAGAAGAGGGAACUGCCACCGUCCGCGGAUAAACGGCAGCGUUCAUCCGAGGAGACAAAGAAAGUAAAGCUCCAUCAUCAUCGGCACCACCAUGACCCACAACAUGUUCAACAGCAGCAGAAUGGCCAACCACAACCACGAAAAACCUACCCUACAACGACACCAGCAGCAGCAGCAUCAGCACCACAACACCAACGGUGCAAAGAAGGACUCGCACCUGCAGCCUACUCUGCCUGCGCGGAAGGUGGUACGCGCAGCAGUCAAGUUGGACAGGAAGAAAGCACUUCCCCCGGUUCUGCCGCCUGGACUGUUCAAUUUCACAUCCCUCAAAGUAGCCGAACCCAAGGACAAAAUACAGGAGAGCAAGGAAAAGCACAGGGAGAAAGAGCUCAAACUCAAACCUAAGAAGGAAAACACAGAGGCUAACGUAAAACAUGGAGUAGUCCUAUAUAAGAAAAAGAAAGAGUCCCAUCAUGAUGAGAACAGCAAGACUCAGUCGCUGGAGGAGUACCUGUUGAGGAAGAAGAAAAAGAAGCGGAUGCACCGUGAGGAUGAGCGUGGUAAGACGAUCCGCACGUACAACAAGGAGGUCCAGACCGUGUAUGGCGGUCUGACUGACCACAGUCCUUCUGCCCGCCUUGGCCCCGUGAAGGAGGGGAAACUCUGCCAGCCUGGUACAGGCGCCAACAACAACCACCUCCCCUUCCUGUCCCCCCAAGACCACUUCAUCCGCAGCUCGUCUCUGCAGACAGGCUCCGUCUACGGACGCUUCAUCCAUGAGGAGCGCCAGGCCAACGGCGGGGCGUCGGUCCUGCACGCCUACGCUGAUGAGCUGUCCUCUCUACGGCCGGGAGAGAUGGAGCACUUCGCCCAGGAGUUCCUAGAGCUGGCCUUCGCUGAGAGCCCCAGAGGGGCAGCCCGCUACGCCCUGACUGUGGUGCACAGGGCUGCUGCCUUCCUACCUGACUUCCUGGACUACUUUGCCUUCAACUUCCCCUCCACGCCGGUCAAGAUGGAGAUCCUGGGGAAGAAGGAUAUAGAGACCACUACUAUCGCUAACUUCCACUCUCAGGUCGGGCGGACCUACUGCUCGGGGACAUACCGGGCCGGUCCCAUGAGGCAGAUCAGUCUGGUGGGAGCCAUGGCGGAGGAGGUGGGGGACUACUUACCAGAGUUCUUGGACAUGCUGGAGGAGUCCCCCUUUCUGAAGAUGACCCUACCUUGGGGCAGUCUCUCCAGCCUGAAGCUGGACUGUCGUUCCCAGAGUGAUGAUGGGCCCAUCAUGUGGGUCCGGCCGGGUGAGCAGAUGGUGCCAACCGCUGACAUGCCCAAGUCACCCUUCAAACGACGCAGGUCCAUGAAUGAGAUAAAGAACCUUCACUACCUGCCCAGGGCCAGUGAGCCCAGAGAGGUGCUGUUUGAGGACCGAACCAGGGCUCAUGCUGACCACGUGGGCCAGAGCUUCGACUGGCAGAGUACGGCAGCAGUGGGCGUGCUGAAGGCUGUGCAGUUUGGGGAAUGGAGUGCGCGUCCGAGGAUAACCAAAGAUGUGGUGUGUUUCCACGCAGAAGACUUUAACGAUGUGGUCCAGAGGCUGCAGCUGGAUCUGUACGAGCCCCCUGUGUCUCAGUGUGUCCAGUGGGUAGACGAUGCCAAGCUGAACCAGCUGAGGCGGGAGGGUAUCCACUACGUGCGGGUGCAGCUGUGUGACGACAACAUUUACUUCAUCCCCCGUAACGUCAUCCACCAGUUCAAGACUGUGUCGGCAGUCUGCAGCCUGGCCUGGCACAUCCGCCUCAGACAGUACCAUGACGAGAAGGACUGCAGAGUACACGCCCUACACAAGCCCAACAACCAGAGCACAACAUCGGGUCAAUUCAUCUCAUCCUCCCCGGCCCAGCCAGAUGCCAAAGUGCCCCACUGUGCCGGUCUGCAGGCACAGAGAGACAAGACUGAGGAACCAGUGUUUCAGAGGCCUACUACUCCACCUAGAGAACCCCGGCCAGCCCGUCCUCAGUCUGCCAAGUCUGCACACCUGCCCCCUCCCGUGCUGGGCAUCAGCCCCUUGCCACAUGCUCCCUCUGGUUCUGGUUCUAACCCCUCCACUGUAGAGCCGAGGCCUCCCCCUGGUCUAGACUACAACUCCCAGCGACCCCACCAUGAUGUACAGCGUCACCGCCCCACUGACUUCUUCAAAUGACCUUCCCUCCUCUUUACUCCUUUAACUAUGUUUACUACCCUCUAAGGAAGAGCAGUUUAUUUAAAGGAAUGUGACUGUGUGCGCUUAUGACACUUUUUGAAAAUGUUAUUCUUGAACUUCUUCUCUUUUAAAUUAUUCAGAUUAUAAAGUAUUAUUUUUAUUUGUAAAUUCAGUAUCAGAGACAAGCUUAGAAAUCUUUUUUUUCUUAGCCAGAAAUGUGAAAUGUUCAUUUAGGAACAUUUGUCAGAAAAAGUGUCUGUGUUUAUUUGUUAGUACCUGAAACUGAGGUCCCUCUGGGGAGUUUCCUAACUGGCUUCGAGAGUUACCAAGUUACCAAGGCAACUCGCAUUGCCAGUCGAGAGAGA